GAUAGUGAUAUAUCAAAAAAGUGUGAUUUUUUCUGCUAGUUUAUGGAUGGUUUUAAAUUAAUGUAUUACGUCUAUCCAAUUUAAGGAUACUUCUGAAAUUAAGUGACAUUUGGUUCACCUGGCGGACAGGUUAAAGGAACGGUGAGGCAUCAGGUGUGUUAACGUUUAUGUGUUGUAAUGGUAUUUCGUUUGAGCGAAUUUUAUUUUUGCUUAUAUUAAAUGUGGAUAACUGCUCUCAGGAUGAGACAUAAUGAUGUCGGAUUCUCUACAGUUAAUUCAACAAAGUAGUGAAUAUUUCCAAUUUUUGUUACUGAAUCCGUAGUUUAUACCGACUGUUCUCCCCGGAAGAUUGACUGCCUGGUAUUUCGACGAUGGUUAUAGUCACAAGGGGAGAUUACAUCUGGAUUGAGCCCCAGACUAAAAGAGAAUUUGAUGUUGCUAUUGGAGCAAGAGUGACUUCUGCUGAAGGAAGGAGGAUACAAGUUAUUGAUGAUGACGGAAAGGACCAGUGGCUUACUCCAGAAAGGAGAAUUAAAGCCAUGCAUCCAACUUCAGUUCAGGGUGUUGAAGACAUGAUAUCUUUAGGAGAUCUCCAUGAAGCAGGCAUUUUAAGAAAUCUUUUAAUACGCUACAAUGAAAAUCUUAUUUACACUUAUACAGGUUCUAUUCUAGUUGCUGUCAAUCCAUACCAAAUCCUUCCAAUAUAUACUGCUGAGCAAAUAAAAUUAUAUAAGGAUAAAAAAAUUGGUGAAUUGCCUCCUCAUAUUUUUGCUAUUGGUGACAACAGUUAUAACAAUAUGAAGCGAUACAAGCAAGAUCAAUGCAUUAUUAUAAGUGGGGAAAGUGGAGCUGGAAAAACGGAAAGUACAAAAUUGAUUCUUCAAUAUCUUGCUGCUAUUAGUGGUCAACAUUCAUGGAUUGAACAACAAAUCUUAGAAGCUAAUCCUAUUUUAGAAGCAUUUGGGAAUGCUAAAACGAUUCGAAAUGAUAACUCUAGUAGAUUUGGGAAGUAUAUAGACAUUCAUUUCAAUAAAGCAGGAAUUAUUGAAGGUGCCAGAAUAGACCAAUACCUAUUAGAAAAAUCUCGUAUUGUUGGUCAGGCUACAGAUGAAAGAAAUUAUCAUAUAUUUUACUGUAUGUUGGCUGGUCUCUCAAGAGAAGAAAAACAGAAACUUGAUAUAAGUGAUGCAUCUAAAUAUCAGUAUUUAACUCAGGGUGGCUGUAUAACUUGUGAAGGUCGAGAUGAUACAGCUGAGUUCUCUGAUAUUAGAUCAGCAAUGAAAGUUCUAAUGUUCUCUGAUCAAGAAAUAUGGGAAAUUCUUAAAAUCUUAAGUGCUCUUCUUCACUUAGGAAACAUAAAGUACAAAGGCACUAUCAUUGAUAAUCUGGAUGCAACAGAAAUAACUAAUGCUGGAAGUGUAAAUAGUGCUGCUCGUUUACUUGAGGUGAAUAACUUGCAUCUUAUAGAUGCUUUAACAACUCGAACUAUUUUUGCUCAUGGAGAUGCUGUUGUAUCCAAUAUGAGUACUUCACAGUCUGUAGAUGUUCGUGAUGCAUUUGUGAAGGGCAUCUAUGGUAGAAUGUUUGUAUGGAUUGUGAAUAAGAUAAAUUCUGCCAUUUACAAGCCAAAACAUUCUGCAAGCUACUAUAGAACAUCAAUUGGUGUUCUUGAUAUUUUUGGUUUUGAGAAUUUCUCUGUGAACAGCUUUGAGCAGUUUUGUAUCAACUAUGCUAAUGAAAAUCUCCAACAAUUCUUUGUACGACACAUUUUUAAGUUGGAACAAGAAGAAUAUAAUUUGGAAGCAAUUAAUUGGCAACAUAUAGAAUUUGUUGACAAUCAAGAAGCUUUAGAUCUUAUAGCAGUAAAACCCAUGAAUAUCAUGGCUUUAAUUGAUGAAGAAAGUAAAUUUCCAAAGGGAACAGAUCAGACAUUAUUAAAUAAACUUCAUAAAAUGCAUGGAAGCAACAAAAACUACUUAAAACCAAAAUCUGAUAUCAAUACUUCAUUUGGGUUGAAUCAUUUUGCUGGAGUUGUUUUCUAUGAUACUAGAGGAUUCUUAGAAAAGAAUAGAGAUACAUUUAGUGCUGAUCUGAUACAUUUAAUACAAGUUUCUAACAAUAAAUUCCUGCAAAAUUUGUUUGUUCAUGAAAUCGGUAUGGGUACUGAUACUAGGAAGAAAACUCCAACUCUGAGUGCACAGUUUAAAAAAUCUCUUGAUUCUUUGAUGAGGACCUUAAGCCAGUGCCAUCCUUUCUUCAUUCGUUGUAUAAAACCUAAUGAAUUAAAGAAACCUAUGAUGUUUGACAGAGAGCUCUGUUGCAAGCAGUUGAGGUAUUCUGGUAUGAUGGAGACAAUUCGUAUUCGACGUGCUGGAUACCCCAUCAGACACACGUUUAAAGAAUUUGUGGAACGAUAUAGGUUUCUUAUUCCUGGAGUUGGACCAGCUCAUAAAACAGAUUGUAAAGCUGCUUGCAUUAAAAUUUGUGCCAUUGUAUUGGGUAAAACUGACUACCAGCUUGGCCGUACUAAAGUUUUCUUAAAGGAUGCUCAUGAUCUUUUCCUUGAACAAGAACGAGACAGAGUGCUUACAAGGAAGAUUCUUAUAUUGCAAAAAGCAAUCCGAGGAUGGUAUUAUAGACGCCGUUUCUUACACAUGCGCCAAAGUGCUAUUAUUGUACAAAGAUUUUGGCGUGGUUACAUUCAGAAGCAGCAUUAUAAUUAUAUGAAAACUGGUUUCCAGAGACUUCAGGCUCUUAUUAGGUCAAGGAUAUUAUCUCAUCGCUUUAAGCAUCUGAGAGGACAUAUUGUGACUUUACAGGCUAGAUGUAGGGGUUUCUUAGUACGAAGAGAGCAUAUGAAAAAAAGAUGGGCCAUAACAAAAAUUCAAGCCUUUGUUCGCCGUGUUGUAGCCCAGCGUAGGUACAGAAAACUAAAAAUUCAGAAUCGACAUCGUUUAGAAGCAUUAAAAAUGAGGGAUCAAGAAGAGGCAAUGUUAAGGAAACAAAUGAACCCUAGAAAAGCUAAGGAAAUAGCUGAACAAAAGUACAGAGAAAGACUUCAAGAGUUGGAACUUAGGCUCCAUGAGGAAGAAGUAGCUGAAAGAAUGAACAUUGAGCAUAAAAAAGCUGUUAUAAUUGAUGCUUUUAAUCGUCAAGAAGAGCAGCUGGAUGAUUCAAAAUUAGUAGAUGCCAUGUUUGAUUUCUUGCCAAGAACAGACUCUAGUAGUGAUCAAACAGCCCCUACAGCUUUUAAAGAUUUAGAAAGAUCUCGGGAAGCUGCUCUUGAAAUUUCAUCAGAAGCAGAAGGUACAUUACCUGCUCCACCUAUGGAUCAAGAAGAUCUCACAGAAUAUAAGUUUCAAAAAUAUGCUGUUACUUAUUUCCAAGGGAAUGCAAGCCAUCAGUAUCAAAGAAAACCUUUAAAGCAGCCUCUCUUACCUUUAGCUACUCAGGGUGAUUGUAUGGCAGCUUUAGCUCUUUGGAUUACUAUACUCCGAUUCAUGGGAGAUUUGCCUGAGCCAAAAUUUCAUACUAUGGAAAGGGAUAACACGUCUGUUAUGAGCAAAGUCACUGCUACCUUGGGGCGUAAUUUUAUCAAAACCAAAGAAUUUCAGGAAGCACAAAUGAUGGGCGUGGAUGCUUCUAUCAUACCUACAGAAAUUUAUCACAAGCAAAAGUCUCGCAGCAUUAGAAAUAAGUUAGUAUCUCUGACUUUGAAGAAGAAGAACAAAAUUACUGAAGAUGUGCGCCGUCAGCUCCAAGAAGAGGAGUUAGCUGCUGAUACAUACAGUAGUUGGCUUGAAAGUAGGCCUACAUCUAAUCUUGAAAAACUACAUUUUAUCAUUGGGCAUGGUAUCUUGCGUGAUGAAUUAAGGGAUGAAAUUUAUUGCCAGAUAUGUAAACAGUUGACUAAUAAUCCAAAUAAGAGUUCUCAUGCUCGUGGUUGGAUUCUGUUAUCACUCUGUGUUGGCUGUUUUGCACCUUCUGAUAGAUUUGUCAAAUACUUAUUGAACUUCAUUCGAGAAGGACCUCCUGGUUAUGCACCUUACUGUGAAGACCGUUUGAGACGUACUUUUAUGAAUGGCACUAGAGGACAGCCUCCCUCAUGGCUAGAAUUACAAGCAACAAAAUCAAAAAAGCCACUAAUGCUUCCUAUUACAUUCAUGGAUGGUAAUACCAAAACAUUAUUAGCGGACUCUGCAACAACAGCUAGAGAACUUUGUGCUCAGUUGGCUGAAAAAAUUGGUUUGAAGGAUCAGUUUGGAUUUUCAUUAUACAUUGCAUUAUUUGAUAAGGUUUCAUCUCUAGGCAGUGGAGGUGAACAUGUUAUGGACGCAAUAUCACAAUGUGAACAGUAUGCGAAAGAGCAAGGGGCACAAGAAAGAAAUGCACCAUGGCGGUUAUUUUUCCGAAAAGAAAUAUUUGCUCCAUGGCAUGAUCCUACGGAAGAUGCUGUAGCUACUAAUUUAAUUUUCCAACAAGUUGUUCGAGGAGUAAAAUUUGGAGAAUAUAGAUGUGAUAAGGAAGAAGAUUUAGCAAUGAUUGCAGCUCAGCAGUACUACAUUGAACAUGGACUCGAUUUAAGCAUGGAUCGAUUAAUGGCUUUGCUGCCUAACUACAUACCGGACUAUUGUUUGCAGAGUGGAGACAAAAGUCUCGAAAGAUGGGCUAGUUUAGUUAUUACUGCUUGUAAAAAGAGUUACUAUUAUCGAGAUCGAGUACCUAUACCUCGUGUAAAGGAAGAUGUAGUAGAUUAUGCAAAGUUUAAAUGGCCUCUGUUGUUUUCACGCUUUUAUGAAGCUUUACGAUCUGCUGGCCCUCAUCUUCCCAAAAAUGAUGUCAUUCUUGCUAUUAACUGGACUGGUGUCUAUGUUGUCGAUGAUCAGGAACAAGUCUUAUUAGAACUUUCAUUUCCUGAAGUUACAUCCAUUGUGAGUCAAAAGGGGACUCGACCUUUCCUUCAGAGUUUUAAUAUUAGUACUGUUCGAGGAGAAGAAUUUACAUUUCAGUCACCUAAUUCUGAUGAUAUAAGAGAGCUAGUUGAAUUCUUUUUGGAGGGACUAAAAAAGCGAGCAAGAUAUGUCAUUGCCCUUCAAGAUUAUAAAGAUGAUGGCCCUUCCUUUUUGAGUUUCAAUCAAGGGGAUCUUAUUUUACUCGAUGAUGGACAUACCGGAGAAAGUGUAGCUACUAAUAAUUGGGCUGCUGGCCGAAAUGAAAGAACGGGUGAAAGAGGGGAUUUUCCUUCUGAAUUUGUGUAUGUGCUUCCUGCUUUAGUGAAGCCUCCUAACAAUAUAUUAGCAUUAUUUUCUCAUGACGGAAGCGAGCAAGGGAAAAGGUUAUUGUUUCAUGGUCCCAAGAAUGGUCCAGAACCUAUUGAUAAACCUCACACAUUAGAAGAAUAUGCUAUAGAUCAUUUCAGGUUACCUCCAAAGCGUACUAUCCCAAGAACUUUAACUUUGUCUUCAGCAAGGAAAAGAGAUAGUGAUCAGUUAUGGAGGCAUUCUAGAGAACCAAUCAAGCAACCAUUGUUAAAAAAGUUACUUAAUAAGGAAGAACUUUGUCAAGAAGCAUGUUUUGCAUUUAAUGCAUUAUUAAAAUACAUGGGCGAUUUGCCAUCAAGACGUACAAGAACAGGAAAUGAAUUAACUGAUCAAAUCUAUGAUGGCCCAUUGAAACAUGAAAUUUUAAGAGAUGAAAUAUACUGUCAAAUUAUGAAACAGCUUACUGAUAAUAAAAACAGGUUAAGUGAAGAAAGAGGUUGGGAACUGAUGUGGUUAGCUACUGGGUUAUUUGCUCCAAGUCAAAUUCUCUUGAAGGAACUGACAGCCUUCUUAAGGACUAGACGUCAUCCCAUAGCAAUGGAUUCUUUGCAGCGUUUGCAAAAAACAUUAAGGACAGGCCAACGGAAAUAUCCACCCCAUUUAGUGGAGGUUGAAGCAAUUCAACACAAAACGACUCAAAUAUUUCACAAAGUUUAUUUUCCUGAUGACACUGAUGAGGCUUUUGAAGUUGAUUCAAGCACUAGAGCAAAGGAUUUCUGUCAAAAUAUAUCCCAACGGCUGAAUUUGAGAUCAGCAGAAGGAUUUAGCUUAUUCGUGAAAAUUGCUGAUAAAGUGAUUAGUGUUCCAGAAGGAGAUUUCUUCUUUGAUUUUGUGAGGCAUUUAACUGAUUGGAUAAGGAAAGCACGACCUACUCGUGAUGGUUCUGUGCCACAAUUUACAUACCAAGUAUUUUUUAUGAAAAAGUUGUGGACCAAUACUGUACCUGGCAAAGAUAGAAAUGCUGAUAUAAUUUUUCAUUACCAUCAGGAGUUACCUAAGUUAUUGAGAGGUUAUCAUAAAUGUAGCAAAGAAGAGGCUGCCAGAUUAGCAGCACUUAUCUAUCGGGUACGAUACGGUGAAAGCAAAGUUGAACUUCAAAGCAUACCAAAUAUGCUACGUGAAAUGAUACCUGCAGAUCUAUUAAAAGCUCAAAAUGCCAAUGAUUGGAAAAGGGCUAUUGUAGCAGCAUAUAACCAAGAUGCUGGCAUGAGUCCAGAAGAGAGCAAAGUAAAUUUUUUGAAAGUUAUUUUUAAGUGGCCAACCUUUGGAUCUGCUUUCUUUGAAGUGAAACAAACAACAGAUCCCAGUUUCCCAGAACAGUUACUUAUAGCUAUCAAUAAGCAUGGGGUUAGUUUAAUAGAUCCAUCAUCAAAGGAUAUCCUAGUCACUCAUCCUUUUACUCGUAUAUCAAACUGGAGUAGCGGCAACACAUACUUCCACAUGACAAUAGGAAAUUUAGUGCGAGGAAAUAAACUGCUAUGUGAAACUCCAUUGGGAUAUAAAAUGGAUGAUUUGCUAACAUCAUACAUAAGCCUAAUGCUCAGCAAUAUGAACAAGCAAAGAACCAUCCGAGUAAAACAAUAACUUAAUGUCCAUCCAGUAUCUUGUCAUUUUGCCAGCUGCUGGCUCAGCCUGGCAGUCUAAAAGUGCAGAUGUAUUGCCAUCCAUGGCAUUUUGCCUGUAAUUAAUUUAUAUCAUGAGACUUUUAAAGAUCUGAUUUUAGAAUAUAAUUGAAUAUCAACAUUCCUGCUUUCCAUUCCAUAUUAAUGAUGUUUUUAUAAAUUUUUACAUCAAUGUUUUUACCAUGUUUAACAUCCUUAAGAACUUGUAUACAAUUUCUACAAGGUAUGAUUUUAUCAGCUUGUUUAAAGUGUUGACAGAUUUUUAUGCGAAAUAUCGUUCUAUCGAAAAAUAUUAUGAAUUUUAUUAUGUGAAUAUACUGUUGAAAACACGGUUCAUAAAUUAUUUUUACUACUAAUUGUUAAAUCAAUAUAUCCUCAUAAUAUAUUAUUAAAGAGAUUUUAUAUAAUACUAAUGUGUAGUACAACUUAAAUCAAAAAUGGUCGUAAAAUACUUAAUAUUACUAAUUUUCCUCUUAACAUGUUUGUUAAUAUAUUUUUUAUUAGAAUUUUAUUUUCACUGUCAUUUUCCCAUAUGAAUUUACAUUUCAUUUUCCCAUAUCUGGCCUUAUUGCCAGUUAAAAUUGUCUACUUUUGUAUGUAAAAAGCAGUAUGAUAUUGAAUUAUAUGGGUUCUUUCCAUUAGUGUUUGUUUUCAUCUUAUGUGCCUUUUCAAUAUGCCCCAAUUUAAGUGGUGUAAAAAAAAAUUCACACCUUUUGUCAUAUUUAGUGAAUUUCUUCUAACAAAGCAUUUCAAAUUAGGUGCAACAAAUUGUUAUUUGGCAUUUUGUUAAAUACAUUUAAGAUAUGAAUAUGCAUUUGUUUAACAUUCCAGUGCAUUACAUUGCAAAAAUUUAUUUGUUGUGUGUAACUAGUUUAUUGAAUUUGAACUUUGUUCAUAUAACUUGUUUAUAUAUUGUAUUAAAAUGAGAUCAUAAGUU